CUUGGAGAGUCUGCGCUUUUGAGGACUCUUGAUGGUUCUCCAGAAAACCUAUGCCUUUGGAGAACCUUGACAGUUCUCAAACACUGAGGUGAUAGCCCUAAAGAGCCACCUAAAAUUGCUUUGCUGAGAGAUUUCCAGCUUUGACUAGAUCAGAGUCUAAGAGAGAUGGAGGUUUUAAAAAUAAUUGGAGCUUUGAUCAUGAAGAAGAAAAUGAAAGAGAUACAGAUAAAGAUGGAGCAAAUCUACUCAGUGUAGAAGAUGAUAAGGAUUCUGAAACCUCUAAAGGAAAAAAAGUUAAAUCGUCCAUCUGAAAUUGUUGCUACUAGUUCUGGUGAUUUCAUCUUGAAGACAUAUGUGGGACGAAACAAGAGUGAAAGUUUUAAAACUCUAAAAGGCAAUCCAAUUGGGCUUAACAUGUUGAGCAACAGCAAGAAGUUGAGUGAAAAUGCACAAAAUGCAUCAUUGUGUUCUGGAACAGUAGUUCAUGGUAGACGUUUUCAUCAUGCUCAUGUACAAAUACCAGUAGUAAAAACAGCAGCCCAAAGCAAUCCGGACCGAAAAGAAAGGAAAGAAUACCCACCUCAUGUCCAAAAAGUUGAAAUUAAUCUUGUAAGGUUAAGUCGGCCCCAAGGUGUUGAACGUAUAAUGAAGAAAACAGAACAGUCUGAAUCACAAGUAGAGCCUGAAAUUAAGAGGAAAGUACAACAGAAACGGACAUAUCAGCCUACUUCUCUGUCUCCUGCUUCAAAAAAAAUUUUAACCCAUUUAGAGGUUUCUGAACAACGUGAAUGUUGCCCAAAAUGUGGAAAAGAAAAAGAAAAUCAGACCAAAUGCCAAAGUUGUGGUAAUAUUUUUCGUAAUGAUUUACAAAGAAAUUGCAGACAAACUGUAACUUUGAAUGAAGCUACUGGACCAUUGUUAAGAACAUCAAUUCAUCAAAAUUCUGGAGGACAAAAGUCACAAAACACAGGAUUGACAACCAAGAAGUUUUAUGGGAACAGUGUGGAAAAGGUUCCAAUUGAUAUAAUUGUCAGUCAUGGUGACAGUAGACAUACUUAUUUACAGACUAAUGGAAAAAUCAUUUUACCUGGGGCAAAAAUACCCAAAAUCACAAAUUUGAAAGCAAGAAAAGCAAGCCUGUCAGACCUAAAUGAUCCAAUCAUUUUGUCCAGUGAUGAUGAUGAUGACAGUGACAAGAGUAACAGAAGAGACAGCCUCUCUCCCCAACCUGCUGACUCAGCCUGUUCUUCUCCAGCUCCAUCCACUGGAAAAGUAGAAGCAGCACUGAAUGAAAAUCACUGCAGAACUGAGCUUGAGCCAAAAAGCAUUCCACCAGAAUCAGAGCUAAACACAGUCAUAUUGCCAAGGAAAGCAAGAAUGAGAGACCAGUUUGGCAAUCCUAUUAUCACCACCCCUCUAAAACGUCGUAAAGUUAAUUCUCAAGAAACUUUAAUGGAUCCUAUAUCUGUAAGAUGCCCAGGUUCCUUUGAAAGUAUCAUUUUAAGCUGUCGAAGUAUACGCGUAGGAACACUGUUUCGACUAUUAAUAGAGCCUGUAAUUUUUUCUGUAGAGUUUAUCAAGAUACAUCUGGAUGAACCAGAAAGUGAUCCUGUAGAGAUUAUUUUACAUACCUCUGAUCUCACUAAAUGUGAAUGGUGUAAUAUCCGAAAAUUACCAGUAGUGUUUCUUCAGACAGUACCAACAACUUACCAAAAGCUGAGCAUGCAACUGCAAAUGAACAACGAGGAUAAAGUAUGGAAUGACUGUAGAGGAGUAAGCAAGCCAACAAAUUUGGAAGAAGAAUACAUCAUUCUAAUUUUCCAAAAUAGCCUUGAUCCACAGACAAACAUUGUAUUUGAGAACAUCAUUAAUAAUAUUGGUAUAAAGAAUAAUAUUUCCAAUUUUUUUGGAAAAAUUCUCUUUGAAGAAGCCAAUAGCAGACUUGUUGCUUGUACAAAAAGCUAUGAAGAGAGCAUCAAAGGACGUUGUAUGCAAAAAGAAAACAAAGUUAAAACUAUGUCCUUUGAAUCUAAAGUACAACUUAGAAACAAACGGGAGUUCCAGUUUUUUGAUGAUGAGGAAGAAUCUGGAGAAAGCCACACCAUCUUCAUUGGGCCUGUAGAAAAAUUGAUAGUGUAUCCACCACCUCCUGCUAAGGGGGGCAUCUCUGUUACUAAUGAGGACCUGCACUGUCUAAGUGAAGGAGAAUUUUUAAAUGAUGUUAUUAUAGACUUUUAUUUGAAAUAUUUGGUGCUUGAAAAACUGAAGAAAGAAGAUGCUGACAGAAUUCAUAUAUUCAGUUCUUUUUUCUACAAACGUCUUAAUCAGAGAGAAAGGAAAAAUCCUGAAACAACUAAUCUGUCAAUACAACAAAAACGACACGGGAGAGUAAAAACAUGGACCCGGCAUGUAGAUAUUUUUGAGAAGGAUUUUAUUUUUGUACCCCUUAAUGAAGCUGCACACUGGUUUUUGGCUGUUGUUUGUUUCCCUGGUUUAGAAAAACCAAAGUAUGAACCUAACCCUCAUUACCAUGAAAAUGCAGUCGUACAAAAAAAUUCAGCUGUGGAAGACAGUUGUAGUUCUUCUGCCAGUGAAACGGACAGUUGUGCACAGAACUCUUCUGCCAAGCCUGUCAUUAAGAAGGUGCUAACCAAAAAGCACUGCCUAGCUGUAACCGAUUCAAGCGGUGGACAGGAAGAAAGCAGCCCUUGUGGUCGGAGAAACAUAUGCAGUAUAAAAAAAAUGAAUGACAUUGCAAAUGAAAAUGGAGAGUCAAAUAAAGGAGAAUCUUCAUGCCAGAAAGUUGUUGAUAGGACUGAACGUGAGAAUGGCCUCCAGGAUGAAUGUUUCAAUUCUGUGCAUCACCCAGAUGGUUUAAGCAAUAUCAGAAUGAACUAUAGUGAUGACUCAGCCGAAGGUAGUAAAAUGCUUGAAGAUGAAUUCAUCGACUUCUCAGAAGACCAAGAUAACCAGGAUGACAGCAGUGACGAUGGGUCCCUUGCUGAGGAGAACUGCAGCUCAGAAAUAGGACAGUGGCAUUUAAGGCCUACUGUCUGUAAACAACCAUGUAUUCUACUUAUGGACUCACUCAGAGGCCCCUCUCGCUCAAAUGUUGUAAAAAUUCUAAGAGAGUAUUUAGAAGUGGAAUGGGAAGUUAAAAAAGGAAGCAAAAGAAGUUUUUCCAAAGAUGUUAUGAAAGGCUCCAAUCCAAAAGUACCACAGCAGAACAACUUCAGUGAUUGUGGCGUAUAUGUAUUGCAGUAUGUGGAGAGCUUUUUUGAGAAUCCAAUACUGAAUUUUGAAUUACCUAUGAAUUUGAUGAACUGGUUUCCACCUCCACGAAUGAGAACAAAAAGAGAAGAAAUCCGAAACAUAAUUCUGAAGCUGCAAGAAGAUCAGAGCAAACAGAGAAAGCCGCAGAAGGAAGUGUCCUCCACAGAAGUGUCUCUAGAGGAAGGGACGGAACAGGAUCAUGUCGGCAGUGUCUCAGCCUGACCAGAGUCUGAGUCCAGUCUUGGGGACUAAGUGACUUUCGACUGUGGGUAUAGACAGUGAAGAACUGGAGUGCUCCCUACUCGGUGAUUGGGAAAUGUUAAUGCUUGUAAAAAUGUCAUAUAAUUAAUUUCCAAAGGAGUAUGUAUUAAGUAAAAGUCUGUAAAUAAUGUUAAUGAGGCCAAUUUUUCCAGCAUUUAUAAUUAUUUUUUUCACUUGUUAGGAAGCAUUUGUUAUUUUCUGUUAAUAGUACUUAAAACUGCAACUUCUAAACACAAAAUAAAAAAAUAUUUAUAGGAGGAAAUUAUUAAUUUGAUAUUCUUUAGUGAACUUGUAUAAUUCCUCAAGUGGGUGUGGUCUGUUCCCUCAGAAUAUUCGAGUAUCUGUGAUAAUCUUUCGACCUUUGACGACUGUUCUAAAAUAGCUCUGUGGGAAGCUAAGCGUAAAUGUAAGGCGUUUUGAACUAAGAUGGCAUCUUUUGCUUGCAUCACAGAAGAGCUUCGAUUCAUGGGCCCUCCUGUGUUAAGAGACAGAUAAUUGUUUUUUGUUUUUUUUUUUCUUUUCCUUUUUUUUUUUUUUUUGUACCGGGGAUCAAACUAAGGACCUUGAGAUUACAGGCAGGAGCUUAAGCUGCUGAGCUAUCUCUCUGCCCCCUUAAGUAUUAACAACUCGAAGAAAGCUACAAAAUAGCAACAUCACUCGCACACAUUCUUGUCAGAUGUCUAAAGACAUCAGACUUAGGUUAACACUAAUCUUGAUAACUGCAGCUUGAAUUUCAGAUAGCAUGCUGCAACCUGUAUGAUAAUUAUUUCUCAUUUGUUUUGCUUUUUUGAGACAGGGUCUCACUGUGCAGCUCAGGCUGGCCUUGAGCUCACCUUGUACACCAGGCUGGUCUGGGACUUGCAAAGAUCCUUCUGCUUCAGCCUCAGCCGUGCUGGGUUACAGGUGUGUGCCACCAUGACCAGCCAAUAAAUUACUUUUCAUUUGUCUAAACACAGGAAUUUAGUAAGAGUCUAUUACUUAAUAAUAGUUUAUUAUAUUUAAAAGUAUCAUGUUUUGAGUUUUCCGGUGUAAAACAAGCAAAAGUUACUGUCUUUAAGUACAUAAUGCACAAAAAGUCUUCUACUUUGAAUUUCCUUUUAAAAACUAAGCUGUGGAGCUAGGGUUACAGUUCAGUGAUGGUAUAUAUACUUAGCACCUAGGUUUAUUUAAUCUAGUACCCAAAAAAUAAAAAUACUAAAAUAUUUAGGCUUUGACACAUUGACAACAGAUGUAGAAACCUUGCAUAAACCUGUCAGAAUUACUAAUUUUAGUGGUGGUACAGUUUUCUUUACAGUUAAUUUUGAGACUUGAAAUACUUAAAGUCAUUUUUUAUUUAGUGAAUUUUUAAUUGCACAACAAAUAAUGGAGUAAAAGAGCCAUUUUUAUCAUCGUAAUUAUUUCUAAUUUGGCCACCUGUUACCUUGUGCCCACACAUGUUGGCUGUUUCCUUGCAUCUAAUAAAAUCCACUGGGGUUGAUGGCUGUGGUAUAUCAAAAGAGUUCCGUUAGGACACAGUAAAUGAGAUGUUAAAAUGAAAGCAUAGGUGUCGCUGUUAGUGACAGCAGUUUGGUGUUUCUUUGUUACAUUGAACUAUCUUAACAGUUUUUCAUUUCUGAGUUUUUCUUGUUACAAUGCCUUGGAGUUACUGGGUAAGAUAAUUAGCUCAUAUGAAAAAAGAAGAGCUUAAGUUUACCAUUAACGUAAAAGUCUUUUGGGUUAGAAAAAAUAUUUAAAACUAAUGUUAUAAGCGAAAUUGAUAU